AUGCUAUUCACUGCAUCUGAAGACAAGACUGCUGUAACAUGGGAUAUUUCAGGCUUGACACCUAGUAACGUCGACAAACAUCCCAUUCCUAUUUGUAAUUCUUUAGUUGGCCAUUUUGAUGGUGUGCGAUGCUUGGCAAGUCGUGCCAAUCUUCUCAUUACUGGAUCCUACGAUUCGUUCAACAUAUCUCAAUAA